AAGUCCAGAAGCGAAGACCAGUAACACAAACACAUAUAAAAAUAAGAAACGGGGGUUUGAUAAGUGAAUCUAAAUCUAGGGUUUCGUCAUAAUCUGACUGCGGCAGCGAGAAGCGUUGAUCAAGGAUUCAAUGGGGGAACAAGUUGACAAGAAGUUCACAUGGGUGAUUAAGAAUGUUUACUCUUUGCAGUCGGAGAAUAUAUAUUCUGAUAUAUUCGUGAUCGGUGGAUGUAGAUGGCGCCUUGUGGCAGCAUAUUCCAAGGGAAUUAUAUUUAAUGACGCUCUGUCUCUGUAUCUGACGGUUGCUGAUGUUGAGUCUUUGCCUUCUGGAUGGAGUAGACACGCAGAGUUUUCUUUUACUGUAGUGAAUCAAAGUUCUGAAGAACACUCCCAACUGCAAGAUGUCUUUCGUGAUUUUACAGAAACAGAAGGGUGGUUUGAUGACAAGACUCCUGUCUGUGGUUUUGCAUCCAGCUUUCCCCUUGGAAAACUUGAUGCUAAAUAUGGUGGGUUUAUACUGAAUUAUCAAGUCAAGGUUGUUGCAGAGGUGAAAGUUCUUGAAGCUAUCGGCAAGUCUAUCGAGGACACUACUACUACUACUACUCCUCCACCAGUAGAGGAGGAAGCUUUCACUAGUGUCUACGGGUUUCCAGUUACUCCGUCAGAGGUGGAACUUGUGACUCGCAUGUUUGAAAACCACCCGGACGUUGCAUCAAAGUGGAGACUUGAAUAUAUCCCAAAUACGAAGAGAGGACACAUGUAUAGCAUAAUCGACUUGAUUGAGACUCUUGAAAAGCCGCUUCAAGAUAUCUCAAUGUCUUAUUUAGCUACUGCACGUUACUCAAUGGUGUUCCACAAAUCUGCUGGACUUCAGUUGGAUUGGGUGGAGAAGAAGCUGAAUGAGGUGAUCGAAAAAAAGAAGGAGAAAGAGGGACUAGGACAAGUCGAUACUACAACGGUGUUCCUCAAGUAUGCUCGACCUCCGUUGGAUUGGGUGGAGAAGAAGCUGAAUGAGUUCAAUGCAGAAAAAAAGAUGGAGAAGGAGGAACUAGGACAAGUCGAUAUUUGAAGCCAAAUCUGGCUUAGCAGCCAGCAGCACGCACAUAUUGUUGUUUCUUUUAUUUUUCUAAAUAAUUCUCCUUAAUGGAAUAAUGUGCUUGGUUUUGCUUUAUUUCGUGUUUGUAAAAUACGUCACCUUUUAAGUAAGGAACCCAAACUCUGCUUUCUUUUGAAAAUCGGACACUUUGGUUUUAACUUUAGAUGACA